UUCAAAUUAUCGGAAAUGACGAUUAAAGAGGCGGGCGCUAUGCGCGCGCCGGGCGCAGGCGCAGGCGCGUGCGCGGCGGCACUGGUGUGCGCAGGCGUGCCGCGCUGGGCGUGCACGGCGGGAGCGCGCGCGCCGCCCAACCCCGCCGACUACGCAGCCAGCGGGGCGCCACACCAUCCCCGACCCGUCUUCCCACACGUCGACGCCAUCAACCACCGUUUCGCCAUUUGGCAAGGAGACAUAUCAACAUUGGAAGUAGACGCAGUAACGAAUACGACAGAUGAAACGCUGACUGAAUGCAACGCAGUCAGUGAACGAAUCAUGUUCGCGGCAGGGCCUGAGCUUAAAGAAGAAAUCAUCACCAGGGCACUCGAGUGCCGAACGGGCGAGUCAAUAGCAACUCCUGGCUUCGCGAUGCGCUGCAAGCACAUCGUACACACGGUGAGCCCCACCUACACUGCGAAAUACCACACGGCUGCCGAGACCACGCUUCAUAAUUGUUAUAAGAAUGUACUGUACAAGGCGGGCGAAAUCGGCGCGCGGUCGUUAGCUCUGUGCGUAGUAAGCGCGCCGCGGAGGAACUUCCCGCCCGACGUUGCCGCGCACGUUGCCCUGCGUACAAUCCGACGCUAUCUAGAGCAGAACAAAACCCCUCAACUAGUAAUCUUGACUAGCGAAUGUGGUCCGGACGUGGCGCUGAUGACUGCACUGGCGCCUCUGUAUUUUCCGCGUAACGCGCGCGAAGCGGACGCCGCCAGGUGGCGCUUGCCCGACGCCGGCGGACCCACUGGGGAACCUACGCAUCCGGAAAGGCGGAUACGGAUCAUACACAAUCCGCAUUCGCAUAAUUCUGAUAGCGCGGAAGAUGACACGUCACUAUGCGACGAAGAAGCAGCAGCAGAGGCGGCGGCGGCGUUCGCACGAGCUUGCGCGCCUGAUACAGUACGCCUGCUUGCGCCACACUCUCGGCCGCAUGUGCGCUCGCUCGACCCAGACCUGCGCAGGCGACUUGACGACCAUGAACAGUAUGAGCGUUUACUGCGACGUGCACACAAUGAGGACCUUACGGAGAUAUCUGGCAUCGGUUGUCUGUACCAGAGCGGCGUGGACCGGCUCGGCAGGCCUGUCGUAGUCUUCAUCGGAAAGUGGUUCCCCAUUGGUGAUAUCGAUUUGGAUAAGGCGUUGCUAUACCUAAUCAAGCUCUUGGACCCUAUAGUGCGCGGUGACUAUGUUAUUGCGUACUUCCACACGCUUGCCUCUUCCACCAACCACCCGCCCUUCUCCUGGCUGAAGGAGGUCUACACCGUGCUGCCUUACAAGUAUAAAAAGAACUUAAAAGCAUUUUACAUCGUACAUCCAACAUUUUGGACUAAGAUGAUGACAUGGUGGUUCACAACGUUCAUGGCGCCAGCAAUCAAGGCGAAGGUGCACAACCUGCCAGGCGUCGAGUACCUCUACUCCGUAAUGGCGCGCGAUCAGUUGGAUGUGCCUGCUUUCGUCACAGAAUAUGAUAUGACGAUAAAUGGACUGCAUUACUUCCAACCCGAUACAAAUAAUACGUAAGGCACAGCGCUGUUGUUAAAUCGAACGGCCGCAUUGUGCCCGUCUUUGUUUGCUGACACAAUCUAAAUAAUUGAAUAUGUUUCUAUUAGGUAUUUGAUAUGUAUAUUAAUAACGUAUUUUGGUUACAACAGUAUUUUUAACCUUUUACAAAACAAUUUGCUUUCCAAGUACGGUUUUAGUGAAACUGUGUUUAGCAACAAAGAGGGCGAACGCUAAUUUUUAAAAUUAAAGUUACCGUUAUUGCUACAGCCAAUGAACUCGCCGAAAACAAAUUGGAAUGACUGAUUGGUUGAUUCGGUAACGGUACUUCAAUAAAAAGGGCCGCUGUUAUGAUUUAUAGUAAUUUUUUUGUUCAAUGCGUGUACAUACAUAUUUGUUAAAAGUAUUAACAAGAAAAACGUAUUGAGUAAAAAUAUUACUAUUAAAUUAAGAUUGUUAAAAGUAUAUCAUGUAAUUUAGUAUUAGAGGUGCAUUUUUUAUAUUUAACAAUAAUUAUUUCCCUUUCGAUGUCCUAAAUGUGCUCUCGCUAUCUCGAGCUGUCGAAUUCAUUCCGUCAUCGCUAGCUAAAUAAUGGUGACUUCUUUUUUAUUUAGAUAUAUUAAAGUAAAUAUUACUUAAUUAGACUGAUUUAAUAACCUUACUUUUUUCGAUUUUUACGAUCAAAACUUUCCGUUCGAUAUUCUAAAACUUACACAUACCGCAUAUUUGCAUGCGGUUAUUCAUAUUGCUUUGCUUGUACUAUAUGUUGAUGAAUUGUUAAUCUCUACCAAAUUAUAACUCGCGUAUCUAACGUGCCGUAAAUUCUGUCAGUCAACUAUCAUUUCAACUGUGAAUUUGAUACUGCGACAGGGUAUUUGUUAAGCUCGUAGUAAAAUGCUUUAUUUUUUAAAUACAUACACCCGUAACACAUAUUAUAAGCGAAUGUAUUAAUAGUAUAGGAAAUUUAAUGCUAUUGCCCUUCAGUACUUACUUAGAGAAAAAUAUUUACAUUGUUUUUAACGAAGGUGCUUACUACGGCGGAAUUAGAUUUUAUUUUUUACUUUAGACAUACUUUUGGUGUAAGCUUGAAGGUAGGAUUGUACAUAGCUGUUGAAGUUUUUGCAAUUCGCGGCGGUUGCUGCACGUUCGCACCAUGUUAAUGUACUUAGUUGUUAACACGAUAAUUCAUAUUGAGCACAACUGAUAUUACCAAAAGUUAGGAUUCGUUUUUUAAUUUUCAAUUUAAAAAAGAAGUUUGUUAAAUUAUAAUAAUCUAACUUUUGGUAUAUCAGUUCAGAAUCAGUAAGUGAAGACUAUUGGCUGAUCACUGGAUUGAAAAAGUUAAGUAAUAUAAAGCGCAAUGGAGCUUCUUUCAUUGGCAUAUAUGUUUACAGUGAACUUGGGAAACAUUAGCAUUGCCAAGAACAAUAUACACUGCCACAAACAAGGGAUGCACCAUUCCUACUUAUAGUGAGAGAAAAGUGAGAAUCUUGUAAACUCCGUUCAUUGGCAAUGUUAGAAAGGGAGAUAUUUAUACUAAAAUGGGCACAGCAGUAGAAAAAAUCCUUUCCCCAUUCUUAUAAUUAUCCCUGUCUCUCAUUGCUUAUGAAUAGAACGCAUUAACUUAAAAAUCCAGUCAUAUACAAAUGUAGAAGUCCCAUAUUUUUUGUAACAUUCAUUCUUUGUAAUUGCUGUAAGUGCAAACAUAUCACAUAAUUUACAAGUUUGCACAUUUAGAGUACAAGUUGGUUAAAAAUAACGCGUCAUUUAUAUUCGUUCAUUAUAGUAUUUUUUGACUUUAUGCGCAUACUAGACAAUUAAUUACUGACACAAAAGUAACGUGCCACUUCAAAAUGUAUACAUCUUGUUAUUCUCUUAAUGAUGUCAAAUGCAAUAUGUGAGUUUCUAGCGGUCAAUAGGACAGAUGCAAUGUUUGUAAAUAAAGUAACAAUUUUUAACAGUUGUGCUACUCAUGUAAGGAUUUCAAUCGAGUUUCUAAAGUCUUCAAAUAUUUAUUAUAAGCAAGUUGAUAUUUGUUAAAAUAUUUUUAUCAAAACCCCAGAUUUCGUGAAUAUCUGUGUAAGGCGUUCAUGACAUUCCACAUUUUGAAAUGUAGGCUUUAAAAUGUUAUCAAGUAAUAAAUUUUUAAGGUGUGGAAUGCCAUUUUUGAUUCAUAUUGUUAUCAUUAUAUUGUUCUAUAUUCAGAUAUCAACAUGGCCUUAGAUGUAUUAUAAUUGUUAUUGACUAUGCAUCCUUAUGUUGUAAUGUUCAAAGCUGUUAUCAAUUUAUAAACAUGAUGAAAUGACAAUUACUUCAGACCAAAUAAUAUUAUUUGUUCCUCAGUAAUUGUCACUAUACAUGUGUGAUGCAGUGAAAUUAUUUAACCAAUCUAUACAUAGAUAUAAACAACUAAUUUAGGAUUUAUGUGAAAAAUGUGAUCAA